GUCUUCGUCAUUUUACGUCCACGGCGAUGGAGGAAACCGAGAAAGUUGCGUGCAGUUUAUUAAUGGAUCUCUGAGAGGUUGCUUGUUCCGUUCACGCAGAAAAAUCUGCGAACGUGUUCAUUUAAUUUAUCAUAAUCGCAUUCGAGCAAUCUCAUUAGAUAAAAACCGUAUUCAUCGCGUGACAUAACCUCGCAAAGGUGAGCAAAGAUGUCUCAUAAUCACAUGGCGCACAUGAUGAAUAAUGCUUCGGGGGGACAUACGUCUCAUGACGCUGACAUGUCUCAUGCAGGCAUAGAUCACUCGAACAUGCACGGUGGUAUGGGACACGAUUCAAUGGAUCACGAUCAUAUGUCGCAUGGAACUAUGGAUCAUAAUGAUCACGCUGGACACACUGUUGCCACCGCCACAGAAGCAUGUGCAAACAUGGGGAUGCACGGUAUGUCGAUGACAUUCCACGGGGGAUAUUGCGAAAAAGUAUUAUUUGAAUCCUGGAAUAUCUCCUCGGUCGGUGGCCUCGUUGGAUCCAUGAUCGGUAUCAUGAUCAUGGCCGCGCUCUACGAGGGUUUGAAGUAUUAUCGGGAGUACCUAUUUUGGAAGACGUAUAAUGCCCUACAAUAUAGAAGCGUCACGAUGCCAGCAGAAAAGAAUGUUGUGGCCGAGGAUAAUCGAGUCGUACAUAUGGUUGGAGAAGUAAUUCACAAACAACCGCCCACAAUGUUGUCAUGGAUGCAUACAUUUCAAACAUUCUUACACAUAGUGCAAAUCGUGCUGUCAUAUUUCCUCAUGCUGAUCUUCAUGACUUACAAUGUCUGGUUGGGCUUUGCUGUAGUACUUGGUGCAGCAAUUGGUUACUUCUUGUUUGGAUGGAAAAAAUCUGUUAUUGUAGAUGUUACAGAACAUUGUCAUUAGCCGUUUAUAUAAUUACAAUGUAAUAUUGUAUUAUCAUGUCAAAAAUGUACAUAUCUGUACAUUGUCAUAAAGUUCAUACUGAUCAA